UAUGGCUACAGUUGUGAAGUGACGUACGCUUGCGUCUCGGAUCGUGCGAAAUAAUGCGCUGCAGCUAAGUCCAGCGUGCUGCAACUGAGUGCACAUCAAGUUAGAAAGCGUCAGAAGCGCUCUACAAAGCCGACGAGAGUUAAAGAUGUAGCGCCGCCGAGCGAGGAUUUCGAUAAAGAGUAACUACGUGGACGUCGUCUUGCCAGUUUCAGUUUUGCCAUAGCAAACGCUUGCCGAUCGCACGCAUCCGAUGGAAACCUUCGCCUACGCGACCUACCUCCAACACCUGAUCGUUACUUUGGCAAUCAUUCUGCUCUUUCGAGUUGUCUGGGUUUUAGUCAGGAUCAGACAUGCCGCCGAAGCAUGCAAGGUACCCCGCAAGAAACCUGCCAAGCUGAUGAUUGUGCUAGGAUCAGGCGGCCACACAUUCGAGAUGCUAAAGCUGGUGGAGAACAUAUCGACAACAUCGUACAGCCCUCGUGUCUACGUGACGGCCACAACGGAUCCAAUGAGCGCCGAUAAAGCCAAACAAUUAGAGAUGUGGAGAGUUGCAUCGUCGUCGCAGGUCCUGCUUCUGAGAUUCCUCUCUUCUAAAAAGGACGCCAGCGACGGACCUGAGGCGGAAGAACCUUCUGACUAUGUUGUCGAGCGCAUUCCAAGGAGUCGAGAGUUGCACCAGUCCUGGCUGACCACGGUGCCGACAACCCUUUACGCAGUUUUGGCAUCGGCACCCAUCCUUUUGCGCCAUUCACCAGAUGUCAUUAUCUGCAAUGGCCCAGGAACAUGUGUGCCAAUAGUGCUGAUGUCGUUCUUGCUUGCCGUGCUGGGUACGAAGAGGACAAUGGUGGUGUUUGUGGAGAGCUUCUGCCGAGUCGAGACACUGUCAAUAUCAGGCCGCAUCCUGUACCACCUUGCAGACCACUUUGUGGUCCAGUGGCCCCAGCUCACAACCAAGUACCCUCGGGCUAGAUACCAUGGUCUGCUCAUCUAAGUGGGCAACCCACUGAUCUCUGUGCAACUCAUGUGGAUUGUGCAAGGCAUUCUUAACCUUUUGAGUGCAGGGCAUCUUGAGAGCUGAGUUGGUUUUCUCUCCCAUGGGCUUAAAUGCUAAGGCUAUGUUAGUGACACAAUGAGAGGCUUUAAAUGAAAUGAUUAGUGUGCCUUGUCCAACAGUACAAAGAGGUGAGUCACUUAAACAUGUAGUAUACAGCUGUUGCUUUUUAUCUUUUCUGAGGUUAUCCAAGAAAUGGGUACUAGUUGGUUUCACCAUGGAGAGCCACUCGUUCUUGCAGAUUCAUUAUUUCUGCUCUCAUGUUACUGGAAAUUCAUAAGUGAUUUUUGAAGUUCCGCAUUUUUCAGAAGCUGUAACUGUUUUCUAUGGCAUAUCCACCAUAUUAGAGAUCAGGAGGCUGUUUGAAAAAAAUUUACUUCCUUUUUUUUUUUUUUAAAUACAUAUCAAACAACCAGGUACCUUUCGCUGAGACAAGUUGUGGCUAGAGGAUGCAGUCGGUCCAGAGUUGCACUUUGAAUGAGCGGCAGAGAGUAUACGUGAAACAAGAAAUGUGUGCACUCGGGUACUGCAGUGGGUGCAUGCAGAGCCUCACCUGAGCAUAUAUAGUACUUUGAUAAAGGGCUUGAAAGUUUAAACAUGUGCAGUUGACAUCUGCCAAAUUUGAUGCGAGGCCAAAAAUAGGCCUCUGGAACUAUACUGUCUCCUUAGUCCUUGCAAUUCGUAGCUGGAACUAGGCAUCUUGCAUUGCUCCCUUGUGCAUACUGUCAGCAUGUUGUGAAAGUACUGCCAGAAGCUUGCUAGUAUGGAGGAACGAAAGAGAGAGGGACAAACUCCUCAUUAGUGUGAGUGUAAGUGCUAGGAAAUGUCAAAUAAGUGAAGUACCUGCAAUGACUGCAAGUUCAAGUGGCAUGUAGUCGCACAAAUGCAAGCAUCACUAGUGCCUACAUUGCCAUGAGCAUGAAAGGAUAGUUAAGUAACAGAAGCACUGUAAAAGUGCUUCUGUGUUUCGAUUAGGCUCUAUUUGAUGCUGGAGUGUUUUAUUCCAUUGCAUGAAUCGAGCCUUGGAGUGUCGAUGAAUCAUGAGAUUGCACUGUGACACAUUUAAGGAACAAGACCUGUGCUCUUAUGACCGAACUCAAGGAGGGAAACUUGUGCUAGUCUAGCAGCAUCUGUGACACCAUCUGGCCGGCCUGGAGAGGGCUUUUCCUUUCUGUGUGCAUCUAGCUUCAUGCAAAGAACUGAGCUUUGUAUACGCUUGUUUAAAGUGCAGUCUUUGUGUUGUGCCUCAGUAACCCUCAGAGUGGCAUUGUCUUGCACAGUUCAGAUGAGUAUCUGUGGCAUAGAGAUUACUGGAUUCCUCACUGAUGGCCUGGAUUCUUCAGGUUCAUGGCUGUGCAUUGUGUUCAGAGCCAUUUGGCUGUGCGAUUAGGAUACGCACCAUCAUUGGCUGAAAACAUAAGGUUUAAACAUUGCGUUUUGUUUCUUGAUGCAUUUUUUUGUGCUGCCAACAACGUUUUCAAAGUCAUUGCACUAAUCAGUGGGGGCAUUGUUUGUUUUGUGGUGUUCAUAGGUUUGCAGCCCAAAGCUCGCUUUUUGUUGAGGGGAGGGGGGGGAUUUGCUACUAGGCAUAUAAAUGUAAAAACAAUACAAAUAAUAAAUAAAACCGUGCAUUUCUGUAUAAUGCAAGUAUCGCAGCAAUGUUUUUGCUAGGAUAUGGUCUGUUAACUAAUGUAUAUUGUGUGCUGAGGCUUUGUGAGUUGUAAGGAUACAAGCUGCUAACCUUACUUGUAACUUGUGGGAACCAGUAUCAAAGUAUAAGUAAUGAUAAGGUUGUGGUUCUACAGAAUGGGUUAUCUUCUUUCAUUCUCAUGGUUGUUGACAGUUUCUGUGCCAUCACUAUUCAACUCGUUUGGUUGCUAGACUGUCAAAGAAUGAUUUGCCUGCAUGCGAUUUCUCACAGGGAACUAGGAGUUCGCAAACAUGUAAGCAUUUCCAUAUGGGCUUUGUGCGCAUUGCUGAAAGAAAGCUAUAUAGUACUGGCCUUUUAAUUCAGGAACAAGUUUCAGAGUAGAGUCAAGAAAGACACUGCGUGCUUUCUCAGCAUCAGAUCAGCAAAAUGACGCUGAUUGUAAGUUGAAUUAAGUAGGAUUAGCAGGUUGUUCUCGCAGAAUGAUGUUCCAUUUGUGUCAAGUCACCAUAUUCUGGCACUUCAGUUCAUGGUCUGUCAUUGCCACUGAUUUUAAAGAUUGUAUACGGACAAAGUUUCAUAGACUGAAAUGAAAAAAAAAAAAAAAAACGAGGGGGGGGGGGGGGGGGCUGAGCUUGGACAGUGGUCAUGCAUUUGAGUGCGACAUUCUGCACAGGCAUAAUUAACACUGAAAUUAUCAAGCCUACUCAUUGUGUGUGCGUGUCGUAUGCAUGCUCUUGUAUGUUGCUGUCAGCACAAUAAUGAAGUUCCUUUGGUGAUGUGAAUGUAUGAGUUGAUUACAGCCUGCACUUUAGUGCAACCAGAAAUUGUAUUCGCAUGCGAUAUCCUGGUUGUGGCUUCUCAUAUUUGGUUGUGUGUAUACCCUUGUAUGGUAGCUUGUCUGGAUGGAGGCAGAUGAAAAAUUUGAUCAAAAAGAAAUGGAAAAGCACAGCCAUGAACCUGGAUAGAGGCUCUAGAGUAUUUUUGCUGUAGUGUGCCAGAAGCCCAUGGCAAGCAUGUGUCCAUUGUUGCCAAUGGGGACAUUGGAUUUCACCCUUUGAUAGGAUGUACGGACGACUGAGGUGUCACGCUUGUAGCUAAGCGCACUUGAUGCAGGCUCUUUUGUUCAGUGCCUCUGGGUUGCUGCUGGUUCAAUAGCCCAAGGCAAGCACAAGGUGUGCCACACAGGUAGCUAGCUGCAGGUUGCAUUUAAACUGAGACACCAUGACACCCAAGGCACUGCACCAUGUAAUUGUUUGCAGUGGCUGAUAAAUAGAUUGGAAGGCAAUGUUCUAGCUGAAGUCCCCAAACGACUUCUAGUACCACUGGUAUGUCUAGGAGUGUUGCCUGCAGUGCAGCUAUUUUUUAAUUUCUGUGUUCUCCUUUUUUUACACAGGGUUUUCUACUACUUGAGGUUACUACUACUAGGCAGAAUCUGAGCAGUCACUAUGCUCGAAUGUUCGAUUCCUUGGUCUUUUUUUUCUUUUUUUUCCCCCCCACCCAUUUUUAUUCUCCUCCAAGAAUGAGAGGUUCUCUUCCGGCAGCCCCCACUGCACCGAGCAGGCCUUUGGUGCAGCUUGGAUGGAUGCAAUGAAUGUGUGAGAAACAUCUAGAUGGGAGACACGUACCCAUACAGAAAUCGCUUACAAAGGAAAGGAAUUAUAUAUUUUGAGGAAAAGAAUGCUAGUCGUGAGAGCAGUUGGGAUUCAUAAACUGCAAGAACAUAAUGCAUCUAGGACAUCUCACUCAGGUUUUAUUGUUGACCUCUCUCUUUUUUUUUUUAAUCCCCUUGAAGGUAACAAGCAACAUAUCCUGCUUUUCAGGAGUACCCUGAUCUGUUGUAAGUCCAGUAAUAGCGAAGCAUGAUUGGCCAAACUUUUCUAGUUUUGAGCCACUGCUUAAAGAGACACUAAAUGCAAAUAUUAAGUCAAGCUAAAGUGAUAGAGUAAUGCUCGAGAAUGUCUAAGGCAUCAAUGUUAUUGCAAGCAAAGAUUUAGUAAUAGCAAAAUUGAGGUAAAUGCAGGACAUGAUUUAAGACUCAUCCGGGACAUUCAAGUACUAGCCCAACCAUAUAGGCAUUCAUUGUAAUUAUGUCACUAGUACUCAACCACUUGUAACAAAAAGAACAAUAUGCUACUUGUCCUGUUCUAUUUGAUAUUUAGAAAAAAAAAACUCAUUGACGCUACUCUUGACAACGACAUGGGUGGUCGAAAAUUUUCACUCAACUCUGCACUGCCCAUGCUUUCGCAUUUCAGCAGUUUCGUUAUCACUUAGUGCUGCGCUGGUUUUGCUGGCUCACAAAACUUGCACAAACUGCAAGUAGCAGAGAAUUCCAUGUCCAUGUGAUGUCGUGGGACGCCAGAACGGUUCAUGCCCCUUGACCAAGAGGAGCUGCAGCAGCGCAUUCAAUGCUCUCUGUCUUGGGCUCAGUUUCUCCAUGGCGGCACAUUUGCAUUGUGACUAAAAAAAAAAAAAAAAACGUGAUGCCAUCUGCUGGGCACCAUUUUAUUCACCGACGGUGGUAAAGGGUGGUGAUGGCAUAUUCAACGUCGCCACUCACUGCUUCGGGACAGAGAAUUUUUAUUGAGCUAAAGGUAUGCAGACCCCCUUAGACGCGAUUUUCUCUUAAACUAAUGGCACGGAAUAAGUGCUGUGAUGUUUCUGGAAUGGUGUUUUAACAGUCCACGUUGACUUAAUAUUUGCCUUUAGUGUCCCUUUAAGGUAUGGUGACUGCCCCUGUAUUUUUUUUCAUUCUCAGGACUCGGUUUCUAAUUUUUAGUCUCUAGUACAAAGUCGGGGCAUGUGCAAAUAUGUCUUGUCUGUGGCUGGCCCAUGGACUAGGCAUUAUGCAUUUAAGAGUGCUUCGUGCCCAUUUUGCAAGCUAUGGCACUUCUUGAGACAUCUGCCUUUAUAUUUCCUCCCUUGUAGUUGCAUUCACAUGCUUCCCACAUGCAAUUUAUUGACAGUAUUGUCAUCACAAGCGCUUUGAGCCAAACUGAAUUGCUUGUGAAUUGUGUGCUGAAAACCUGGACAGUCCGGGAAAAAGUGACGUCUGUUAUCAAAGCUGUUUCACAAGCUUCUUUUCAAUAGCUUGACAAGUGCAGCAAAAGCAAGUAACGCACAGCCUAUAAAAUGCUAAGCAUUUUGAAGAGCUUGUAAAACGUGUGUGCCCUGACGUAAGAAAUUGGCUCUGAAGUGUACGCACAGUGCAUCUUUUUUUGUUUGUUCAAAGUGUGCAAUCCUGGAUCUUUGAGAUCUCCAGAAUAAACUUAUAACACCA